UAGAAGACAGCGCUGUAGCUUUUUUCAUGUUAGGCUACUCCUCAUUCACGGCCGGCGAAGUAACUUUAGCAUACUUGACUAGAAACUGGUUUUGCUUGGCAUUGACAAAACUUUGUUCGUGUAUAAUCCCAGCCUGGUAUAGGGUAGGCCUACCAUGUUGUCAGCACACAGAAACUAAGCAUAGCCUAGCCUACAGUAGGCUACCUAGUGAGGUACGAGAGAAAUACAGACAUCUCAACUGCUGGUGGGAUCAUGGCUCGCAGGUCCCAGUGCUCAUCUGCUGGGGAUAACCCCCUGGACCCAAACUAUCUGCUCCCUCAUUAUCGUGAGGAAUACCGUCUGGCUAUUGAUUCCCUUGUGGAACAUGACCUGGAAGGCUACUAUGAGUUCUUAAAGUCAGCGAAUGUUGUGGAUUUUCUCUCCGGGUCCGAAAUUGAGCACAUUCAAAAUACUGUACAGUGCCCUCGUCACGUGGAUAAACCUGGUGCUGUGUGUCAGGGUAACGAGGAGGCAGAAGGGUCCUCUGAUACGUACUGGCCUACACAUUCGGAUUUGGAUGCUCCCAGCCUGGACCUGGGCUGGCCCGAGCAGCUCCACUUUGUGGGGCCAACAGAGAUCAUCACAUUUGUGAACCCACCAGACCCCGCCAUGCCCAGCAUCAAGACCCAGGCUCGCAGGCUCAUCAAAGACGCCCAGCUUGUUAUUGCUGUGGCUAUGGACAUUUUCACAGAUGUUGAUAUCUUUGCGGAUCUCUUGGAGGCAACUAAGCGCAAUGUGGCUGUUUACAUUUUGCUUGAUCAGCAAAAUGCCCAUUACUUUACAACCAUGGUGGCCAACUGCAGGGUUAAUCUGGAUCAAAUCAAAUGUAUGCGUGUUAGAACUGUGGCUGGACAGAACUACUACUGCCGUACAGGGAAAUCUUUCAAAGGACAGAUGAUGAACCGUUUCUUGUUAAUUGACAGCAGGGCUGUUUUAGGUGGUAACUAUAGCUUUAUGUGGUCAUUUGAGAAACUCCACCGUUGUUUAGCCCAUCUAUUCCUGGGCCAGCUUGUGGUCACAUUUGAUGAAGAAUUCCGCAUUUUAUAUGCACAGUCUGAGCCACUUGUAGUUGAGAGUGCUGUUGUCCCCAUACAGAAAUAUAGUUCUAUGCCAGAGCUGCAAAAAACACACAAGGUGUAUCCCAGGAAACAGGGCAUGUACAAUGCAGAAAUGGCUGGACACCCGUAUGAAGGCUGCAUGGAUAUGGAUCCUAAAAUGUUUCCUCUAAGGAGGGGGGAAUCUGCCCAAAUGUUGUUACAACCUCAGGCUAACAUGCACCCCUCUCAGCAAUACCGGAUGGACAGGCCUGGUGCUUUUGACAGUAACAUGUUUAGAAGGUCGAGCUAUGGGGAAGGGACCCCUGGUGGCUACUAUCAGCAGUACCUGAUGCACAAGAACAAACAGAACAUGGAUGCUAUGGAGACGCAGAGCACCCAUUCACACAGGGACCAGUAUCACUACGAGAGGACCGGCCGAGAGCCCGUUUAUGACCCCUCUGACAAAUUUAGGCCCCAGGGAUAUCAACACUCAGACCAGUAUUCAGAGCCAGGAGGCCAACCCUCAAUGGAUCAAGUGGACAGCUAUGACCACGUGCUUAAGUUUUUACAGUCUAAUCCCACGGGGGAGGCGGAGCAAGGAUUUGAGAACUUUGUGGUGCCAGAGGGUCCUUACAGUAUGUCAGGCCGAAGGAGACAGUGUUUGGGUCAGCCAUAUGCCUGUCAGACCUCUCCUACACAACUUAGCCCUCAUGAACAGAAAGGAUUCGCCAUAGAGCCUGCUCCUGAACGCAAACCCCGAGAUGCCGCUGCGAAGAAGGGCAUGCGAGACUGGAGAAUCCAUUCAUAUCUUAGUGCUUAUGAUGACACCGCUUCAGAGGACACACUGCCACCUCAAUGGUCAGACAUAGGAGACAAUUCCCCUUUCUCUUCACAAGAACGGCUGUGUGAUCUGGACCCAUUAGCCCCUAGAGUAGGCAAUAGAGAAUUGCCUAAGAUGCCGUCAGCUGUCCUUUCUUCACGCUGCAAGAAAUCUUUUCAGCAGGAAAGUAUGAAAAAUCGUUUGGAAUCAUCAUGCACCACAGAGAGUGAAAAGGUUGAUGAUGGGGAAGACAAGCUACUAGCGGAAAUGGAUGGAACAAAGGAUGAACCAUUCCGUAGGAGACCAAACCCAACUCUUCAAAGGACAUCGAGACUGAGAAACUCUUUGCUCUUCAGUUCAAACGUGGAUCAGCAUAGGUCUCUUUUGGAAAAGGCAAAAUCAACAGAGCAAAAAGAGGAAAGUGCUAAGGUUGUAGAGAAAGGUUUAGAGAAGAACCCUUUGAAAAAACAAUCCACUAUAGCUAUGGGAGAGGAACCAAAGCCAGUUGAGCUCCCCUCUAGUGAUCUGCAGCGAACAUCAUCAUUCAUUAUGGAUAUGAAUGACCCUGACACUAGGCUGCAGUUUUUCAAACAGUUAGCUGCCCAACGCAAAGCAAAGCAGAAACCAUCUGACCAAGAGUCAGAUAAAAUAUUGAGUAUUGCCUCUGAGGGAGGCCACAGUGUUGCAGAGCAGAAGCAAAAUGUAGAGGUUUCACACAUGACAGAUAAGCCUGCAAAAAUGGAAUCUCAAUCCUCCAAAGAAACCAAAGACAAGGUUCCCAUUAUAACAGUACAUGUGUCAGAUUCAGAUACAAAGUUAGUAGAAAGUUUGAGUCCCACCGAAGAUGUCCCACCAGGCCAGACUCAUGGCACACUGCCACAAAUGGCCACAGAUGCUGAGAAGAUUGAACAGAAGAGGUUACAAGAGCCUGCUGCAGCUAAGUGUGUGCCAUCUCAUCAGCCUAGCUCGUCCAGUUCAGCACAGCAGUCAGAAUCUCCAAAUGCCAUGAAAAUACCUCCUGAUUCAAACCUCAAGAAAAAGUCACUUGAUUCAUCAAAUGAAUCUGGCAAAAGAGAGCUCUCUGUCAUGCCUUUAGCCAUUAUAAGUGGCAAACCUGUUCUGCCUGUCAUUUCUGGAGAGUCAGCGUCAGGGAAAACAACAUCAGUUGAAACCACAGAUUCCCCGAGAACGACCGCAUCUGAAAAAGCUGCAGAGGUUGCGAGUGUGGGAACAAUAGAAUCUGGUGAAACAAAGGAAGGGCUUGUCCAGAAGCGACCGAAACCCAGUCUUCAAAGGGCUUCCAAGUUAAGGAACUCACUUCUCUUCAACUCACCCUUAGAGCAGCACCGGUCUCAGUGGGAGAAUGAUCCUAGCGGGCAAAUUAAAACAGAUGACAGAUUAUCAGACCUAUCCCAGGAUUCACAAGGAAAGAGUGACAGAACAUCUGAAACCUUGUUUAAAAGACAGGCCUCGUUUACAAUGGGAGACAAACCUAACCCAGUUGAAUUUCAGUCUAAAGUAUUGCAGAGAACCACAGCCAUGUUGGACUUGUCUAACCCAGAUAGCAGAUUGCAAUUCUUCAGAGAAUUGGCUGCUAAACGCAAAGGUGGUCAGAUGGCUGCAAUGUCUGCUGAGAGCGCCACAGGACAUAAUUCUCAAAAGCCUGACGAGACUGAGGACACCUCUGCAACUAAAGGAAACGUCUCAGUACCAGAACAGACCACCACAGACCCACUCUCAAAGCCAUUACUUGCUGAAACUGUGGCACCACAAGUGCUAGAUGACGAUACUAAAACACUUAAACCUCAAAGUGCUCCAGACAGCCAUGAAAUAAAGAAUUUGACAGACAACUCUGGGCAAUGUAACCCCUCCGGAUCUGAGUUUGCCCAAACUGCCACAGACAGUGAGAAAAUGGAACGGAUGAAGUUGCAUGUUAAAGCAGCUGCAAAACUCCCAUGCACCCCCUCAACUAGUUCUGCUGAUUCAAGUUCAGCCUUAGAAGAUAUUCCCAAAGACGUAACAAUGUAUUGUGAAGACCAGGCAUCAAAAAAGCAAAUCUCAGACUCAGAUGUAUCUACUAAGCAGGUUCCAGUAGACUCUAGUUCAGUUAGUUUUCCAAUAAAUGCUGGUAAGACUACACACAGCUCUACCUCACACCCAGUCAAAUCCAUUUCAAAAGUUGAGGACACUCAAGAAGAGAUUUGUUUAAACCCAAAUAACAAAACAGUAGACUCAGACACUUCCUCUGUCUGCUCAAUAGAAAUGGGUUCAGGGACAGAAUGCUUUGCAACAGCUCCUAGCUCACCUUGUACUCCGACCCCAACUGAAAUAUUCCCAGUGAAUCAAAAGGAGUCUAAAUUAACUGUUGUAUCUCCUACUGCAGAAAACAUUUUGCCUCCAUCUCCAUCUUCUUCCAUCAAAACUAGCUCACCUCAAAGAGUCUCUUAUACAGACACCAGAUCGGAAUUAGAGAAAUGCAGUUUGGCAAGUCAUGAUUUAAAAACAAAACAAAAAACAAAAUUGUCAUCAUCUCCAGCCAAAUCUAGGUCAGUAACUGAACAUGAUUCAACAGAGCACCACUUAUCUCCAGUCUCCUCCCCUACACAGUCUCCAAAAGGGGAUUCACAUCUCCACACACCUGUGAAAGAAAGUUAUGCUCCAGACAAAACUGAGGAUAGGCCACCCUCCCAGACACCAUUAACAACUCCAGACAUUAGCACUGUUGAUCCUCUUACAAAAACUGACUGCAGUCUGGCUUCAGUUUCUUCUCCAACCAAAUCCUGUUCAACAGCUGUGGUUUCCCCAGCAGAGUCCAAAUCGCCACAAGCUGGGGAUAGCAUACCUGGGACAACUCAAGCAAGCCCAACUUUGAGCACUUGUGGAUCAUCAAAAACAAAACAAAAACAAAACAAAUCAAAACUAAAAAAACAAAAUAGCCAAUCCCAGAUUUCGCCCCCACUAAAAUCUACUCCACCAAAAAUGGUUCCUGCAUCAGAGCCAAAAUCACACUCUGAUAUCAAAAUAACGGAGAAAAGUUCUGCUUUAGUGUCUGUUAAAACUGAGGAAGGCCUUUCAGUCAUUGAUGCAUCAGCAAGUCCAGCCACUAGUACUGUCGAUAGUUGCACUACAACUGACUCUAGUUUAUGUCCAGUUUCCACCACAACACACACUAAUCCAAUGACAAAUGUUGUUCCAACACAAAACAGAUCAUCCCCUGAGACCAAAAUAUCAGAGACAAGCCCAGCUCUGUCAGAAGGAACUUCAUCUUCACAUGAUUCGCCAACAAAAACAAUUCCUGUAGUAGGAAGUCCUAUUCCAAGUAUAACCCACACUGAGGAUUGCUCAUCACCCAAGGUAAUCUCUAUCAGCCCAAAAGAAGCAGUACUCCUAACAGAGUCCAGUUCUCAGUUGCCUUCUGUGGACAGCCCAUCCCUAAAGUCAGUACCAAUGAGUCCAACAGUUAGCACAGUGGAUAGUCCCACAAAAUCUCAUUCAAAUUCACAUCUUGUGUCUUCCCCUUUAAACAGUCCAAUGGCUGAAGUUCCCUCAACAAACUUAACUUCACCCAGUGAUGUCAAAACAUUGGAGUCAAGUCCACUUUCAGAUCCUGGCCAAACUGACAGUAACUUUUCGCUGAUGGCAACCACAGACCCCCUUGCCAAACCUACAGCAACAGUAUCUGAUUUAACAGCAAGUCCAGGCCUAGAAACACCCAAAUCUACUGAUCCUCCUCAUGCAGAGGAGAACACCUCAUAUCCAGUCGUGAGCAUCUUAGGAGAUAGUUCUAAUUCAGAACUUACUAUAGUAGAACCAGCAUUGCCUACAGAAGAAUCUUCCAACACAACCUCGAGCACUUAUGAUGCUGUUACUGAGAGGCUGCUUAAAAUAGAAGAAAAAGUGGUGGUUGGCGAUCAUCCCUCAGCAGAUGCGGUCAAUCUGUCUGAGGUGUCCCCUACUGAUGAGCUUGGCACCACCAUAUCUCAAGACACCAAAGAUGCUGUCGCCUCACUAAGUGCAGAGGACUCAAAAGAACAAAAGUCUCCCUCUGCAGAACCAACCAAAGGUCAUCCCAGUCGUUACCAGUCAUCGACUGCCAAUGUACUGUCUUGCAGUAACCUCAGAGAUGACACAAAAGUUCUUCUGGAGCAGAUAUCCGCCAAUAGCCAAAGCCGAGCAGCCAAGCAGAACCUUCCAGCCACAGAUGACGCUAAAGAAGAUGAAGUGAAGGCACCUAAAGAUAAAAGCAACCAAAAUGUAACCAGCAAAUUGCAAUCCUGGAACACUCACCUGAGCGAAAAGGAACGUGAUAGGUUAAUAACUGCUAUGGAGAGCAAGAGAAAGGAAAGAAGAGUCUAUAGUCGCUUUGAGGCACUCUAGUUUUGAAGGAACAUGAGGAAGAAGGGAUGCAUAGGACAAUUCAGUCCUUGGACCCAGGUGCCAUGGAGCCUGUUAGCUUGGACAGUGGAUCAGUAUGGUAAUGCUCCUGUAGUGUCAUGAGGAUUGAACAUAUGUGGAAGGAUUGGUGUAUGUCAUAUACAGAGGACUUAGUGUCGUCUCGGGAUGGGAAUCAUUUGGUUGCAUCUCUCAAAGACCUUAGAACUAUGUCAGAAUUUGGCUGAAUUGAGAACUGGUGUCUGGAGACCUGUUUUGUGUUGUAGAACUGAAACUGCAGUGUUAGAUUUUUUAACGAAUUCUGUAAAGGAUGUUUGUACUGUUUUGCCUGACUCUGACAGGCAAAUUAAUAAUAAAGGAAAGGUCCUGAGCACAGUAGCAUCUGAUGAAUACCAGAAAUACAAAAGCAAUAACAUGUAAUUAGGGAUUCAGGAUAUUGCUUUCUAAACCCUAAUACCCCCAAUUAUCCUCUAUCUUUGUUUGUAAAGAAAGGCAAUGAAUGUAUCCCCUUUGGCUGGUCCUAAUGUUGAUCUAUGAGGGAAUUAUGUCACUGAUGCAAAAAUCAGUACCUGUCUCCAUUGUCAGCUGGUCUUAGUCUUAAUGUGAGACUAAAGUUGUAAAUUGAAGUGAAUUUAAAGAUCCUAUAAGCAAUUCUGGAUGAUCUCAUUUUUGUUGAUAUUUGUUGAUUUCUUUACAGUGUACCCACAGAAUGAACAGUAGAUCGUGAGGAGAUACAAAAGUGUUAUAUUGGAAUCGCUUACAGUGUCUUUAAUGAACAAAACACACAUGUGUAUAGCAGAAUUAAAUAGAAUUAAAUUUGUAAAGUAUAACGCUUCUCAAAAACCCAUAUAAACCUUUAGUACUAUUUAUACUGUUAUUUUAUUUAGGUGUUUUUUUUUUGUGACUAACAGGGGGGCUACACCGUGCGUAUGAAGCGUUAGGUGAAGCGCAUACUUUCAGAGUUUUUACGCGGCGUGAACAAAAUGUUGCAGUUACGCGCUCGGUGUAGGCUCCUAGAAAUAAUCGCAGUUACGUGCACAGAUCAUGUCAUGGGAGCUACUCUGUACAUAAGCGUUACCACUGUCACUUUACUUUGUUAUUACUGUCACUUUACUCUAUAUUUUUUCUAUUUCUGUAUCAAUUCCAAGAAGAAUUAAACACUUUACACCACA